AUGAGACAAAUAGAUGUUAAUCACUCUAAUCAGUCUGUUGUAUGGAAAACACUUUACAAAACGCCCACUAAAGUAAAAUAUCAGUUCAAUGUAGGAGAUCAACGGAGCAUAAAAAAGGAGAGAGAACAAGAGAGUCUACAAAAGAAUACAUCCAAGCUUGACAAGUUUUUUAAACCAGCAAAAGAACUAAUACUUGAUGAUGUGGACGAUGAAAAAGUAGGCGAAGAAUCGCAACGUGAAGUUCAUUCCGGAUCCGAUGAUGGAGAAAUCGCAGACAAGUCGUCGAAGUCGAUGGAGAGUGAUUUGGGCAUGUGGCCUUACAAAAUUACAGAAGACAUGCGCGUAUACUGGUUAACGACAGGGAGCGAAGCCUGUUGGAUCAUGAAUGCCGGUAUUGUGAAAUCUAUAAAAUAUGACGGUAAACAUAAAUGUUACUUUAGUAAGUCCAUGUUUUACCGCUCCAUUACAAAUGGCGAGAAAAUCAGAAGUAGGCUGUGUUAUUCUCCAAGCACAGGUAAGGCAUUCUGUUUUAACUGCAAACUGUUUUCAAAUUCAAGUGAAGACCAUGCUUUUUCGAAGUAUGGCUUCUCUGAGUGGAAAAAUGCAAGUCAAAGAUUAGAAAGUCAUGAAAACAGCCAAGUUCAUCGGGAUGCGACCAUUACCCUCACUACAAAGUAUCGAGUUAUUGGAUGUGUAAACAGCUUGAUUACUCGACAAUACCAGUCAGAAUGUCAUUACAUGAAAGCACUUCUGGAAAGGGUUAUUGCGACAAUUAAAUUUCUUGCUGAGCGGGGACUAGCCUUUAGGGGACACAACGAGUGCAUCGGAUCACCAAACAAUGGCAAAUUUCUAGGGACACUAGAAUUGCUAGCGCAAUUCGAUCCUUUUUUGGCAACUCAUGUUGAAAAGAAUGGAAAUAAGGGUAAAGGCUAUUUGUACAAUUUCUUCAGUGCUUCAACCUACUGGUGGGAAAUACUUGUGGGUGAGCUUGGAAAGAAUCUUGCAGUUGUGAAGAGACUUGGUGAUACUCGGUGGUCUGCUCACGCCAGUGCUACAGCCGACCUAUAUCAGGGAUACGAGAAAGUAAAUUCAGCAUUGCUCAGAAUCCAGAUGAAAGGUCAAACACGUGACAAGAAACCAGAGGUCUUGUAA